UACUCGGGCAAUCGCUGGUAGCAAACCGACAGUAACCGACAGCACCUUAACGAACAGGUGAAACUAUUCUUUAGCAACUUUUCUUGUGAGCACUGUCGCUUCAAAACAAGUCAGCGGGUGUAUUAGAGACAAAACAUCGACGUGAGUUCAUUAACAGUUAGUUUUCCUUCUCGCAAUGGCAUCGUCUGCAAUGAUCACCGUCCCCACCACCGCCUCCCGCUUCGCCCUGCUCCAGAUAGACUCGGAUUCGGACUCUGACGCAUCCGAUGCGGGGAAGACCACCGCUAAAUCCGGACGGGACUCCUCCGGGAAGCCCCGACAAGGCAAGGCAGGAGGAGCCGGGGGUAAAGGGGCUCAGUGCAACGACAAGAAGAAGGACAAGAAAAAGAAGAAGAGGGAGCAGCAGCAGACUGAGGCAAACGAGUUACGUAAUCUGGCCUUCAAGAAGAUUCCUCAGAAGUCGUGUGUCCCGCCUCCCUGUAUGACACUGUCAGGAAUAGCCAGUGAACUUCUCAAUCCUGCACCAGGGGAACAAAAUAUACCGUCAGAGGGGUGGCAGCAGUGGAAGCAGAGGGAUGAGCAGAUAACCACUGAGCUUUAUGAGGCCGACUUGGAAAAAGCCUUAAUUCUAAGUAAACUUGAGUUUGAACAAAACAAACAGCACAACACAAACGCAUCCUCGCCAAAGUCACGAGGAGGAAAAGAGGGAGGAGGGAAGAAGGACAAAAAGAAGAAUCAGCAGGCAAAAGACAAAAAGACAGUUUCACUGCAGGACUUCCAGGCUGAGGGCAGUGCAGAACAUUUGAGUAAGAAACAAGAGAAGGAGGACGCCAGAGUGACUAACCUAGCGUUGGGAACCGGGCAGGAGGAGCGUUUUUUUAACAAGCUUGAGGAUGAUGUCACUCGAAUUAUUCAACAGGAGAAGAGACGUGAGCAGUACGCCAACAGCCAGGGACAGGAAGUCAACACAUCUACAGAACAUGAACCGGACCCCCGAGCAGAGCAGCUGAAGUACGACCUGGAGAAGAAAGACCAGGAAAUCGACAAAUUAAAGAAGAACAUUUCACAGUGGGAGGGGAAAUACAGAGAGGUGAAAACAAGAAAUUCCCAGCUUCUUAAAAUGCUCCAACAGGGAGAGAUGAAAGACAAAGCAGAACUUCUUCUACAGGUGGAAGAGCUAUUACACAUAAAAGAAGAACUGUCAUUACAGGUAGCAUCAUUACACGCUGCACUUGAACAAGAAAGAUCUAAAGUCAAAGGUCUGCAAUCAGAACAACCGAAACAUCAGGGAAACAAGAAAGGGAGGAAAGGCUCGGAGAUGGAUCUAUGAAGGUCCAAAACAGAAAAGAUCUUAAAAGCAAAACUCAAUAAAUGGAUGAACAAAUGAAGUAAAAAAUCAACUGAUCUCAUAAUCAGGGUUUUCUUUCCUUAUUUGGUUCUUUUUUUUUCUAGCUGGGACUCCAUGUCAGCAUAUAAUGCAUGCCCCCCUAAGUACACACACACACACACACACACACACACACAGAGUACACUCCAGAGGCAGCAGGAUGUAAUACACGGCUGAACAAGAAUGACUAAGCUUUCAGAGAUGACUAAAUUUAAACUUUGUGUUCAAUCGGUGACUUGGCACACAGUGCUGCCCUCUGCAGACACAAGCAUCUAUAGUACUGUUAAAGGCCGCGUGCCUGUUCUUUGUGUGGGUUUAAUGCCAAAAUGACAGAAGUGAAAUGUAUGUUUUUGUUGUUGUUUUUUUCUUUCUCACUGUUAAGUAAAUAAAAUACUUUUUUCAGUGAAAAAAAAA